UGUAAAACAUAUUUUCCAGUACACAUACAUUUAAUGUAAAACAUAUUUUCCAGUACACAUACAUUUAGUCUGGUAUGUAAUUGAUUACACAGCUUCAAGAAUUCAAUUGAAAUCGAGUGAAAACAAGAGCUGGCUACUUAAAUUCCUGAACAGAAAGUGACAGCCCCAGCUAGCCAGCGCUAGAGACAAUCAUCAACGUGGAGAGGAUGUGGUUGUGCCUUGUGCUGACUGACAGCUGCAGUCAGAGCUUGAGCGAGAAGACAGAUGCAAGCCAGAGGUUGAGUCAAAGAGAAAACGCUGAGCAGCUUCUAAGAACACGGAAUGUAGUGGAAUGUUAAGAGCUGUGUGGCCUGGGCACUCUUGAGUGGCAGCUGGUGAGACUCCACGCGACUGGUUGCUGGGGACGAUGAGGGUGCGUUGCUCCCGGAAGCUGGGCUUCCUAGCGAAGACCUUCUUCCUGCUGUGGGUGCUCUGGCUGGGCUACAUGCUCCUAGCCCGCUCGGCCGCCUCCUCCACAGGGGCCGAUGGAGGGGAGGACGGAGGGGGCCUUAACCUGCUGGUCAGGCACUUCUCCACCGUGGAGGAGCAGGGAGGCGAGCAGCUGGCCAGGCCUGUGUACGUGAAGGCGCCAGCGGACGCAAACGCGCACGGGGAGUGGGGCAAGGCCACCAGGCUGAACCUCAGCCCGGAGGAGAGGAAGCAGGAAGAGGACAGCGUGGAGAGAUACGCUAUUAAUAUCUUUGUCAGUGAUAAGAUCUCCCUGCACCGACACAUCCAGGACAGCAGGAUGAAAGAAUGCAGAGCUAAGACGUUUGACUACCGCCGUCUGCCGACCACGUCAGUGAUCAUAGCGUUCUACAACGAGGCCUGGUCCACCCUGCUCAGGACCAUCCACAGUGUUCUGGAGAGCACACCCGCUGUCCUCCUGAAGGAGAUCAUCCUCAUAGACGACUUUAGUGACCGAGUCUAUCUGAAGUCUCAGCUAGAGCAGUACAUCAGUAACUGGGAGCGUGUCCGCCUCAUCCGCACCAGCAAGAGGGAGGGGCUGGUCAGGGCGAGGCUAAUUGGCGCCACGUACGCCACGGGGAACGUACUGACCUUCCUGGACUGUCACUGCGAGUGUGUCCCCGGCUGGAUCGAGCCGCUGCUGGAGAGGAUUGGUGAGAAUGAGAGCACCAUCGUGUGUCCGGUGAUCGACACCAUCGACUGGAACUCGUUUGAGUUCUACAUGCAGACAGAUGAGCCCAUGAUCGGGGGCUUCGACUGGAGGCUGACCUUCCAGUGGCACGCUCUCCCUGAGGUCGAACGCAAGAAACGCAAGUCCCGCAUCGAACCCAUCAGAUCUCCUACCAUGGCUGGUGGGCUGUUUGCAGUGAGCAAGGCCUACUUUGAGUACCUGGGCACAUACGACAUGGGCAUGGAUGUGUGGGGAGGAGAGAACCUAGAACUGUCCUUUAGGGUGUGGCAGUGUGGAGGUUCUCUGGAGAUCCACCCCUGCUCCCACGUGGGCCAUGUAUUCCCAAAGAAAGCACCCUACGCCAGGCCCAAGUUCCUCCAGAACACGGUCCGUGCUGCCGAGGUGUGGAUGGACACCUACAAACAGCACUUCUACAACAGAAAUCCCCCGGCCAGAAGGGAGACAUAUGGGGACAUCUCAGAGAGGGUGGUCCUCCGAGAGAGACUGAAGUGUAACAGCUUUGACUGGUACCUGAAGAACAUCUACCCUGACCUGCAUGUACCAGAGGACAGGGAGGGCUGGCACGGGGCAUUGCGUAGCUCUGGGAUCCAUUCAGAGUGCCUGGACUACAACGCUCCGGAACACAAUCCCACGGGGGCACACGUCUCCCUCUUCGGUUGCCAUGGGCAGGGCGGCAACCAGUACUUUGAGUAUACGACCCAUAAGGAGAUCCGCUAUAACUCUGUGACGGAGCUGUGUGCCGAGGUCCCCGAGGGACAGACUUACAUUGGGAUGAAGCACUGCCCCCACGACAGAACCCCCACCCCCCCCACCAUGAUCUGGGAGUUCAGAGAGGACGGGGCGAUCUACCACCCUCACUCAGACAUGUGUAUCACCUCCUACCGCACAGCCGAGGGGAGCACGGACGUCCAGAUGAGAAUGUGCACUUCCGGGGACAAGCACCAGCGCUGGAAGUUUGAGAAUGGGAGGGACUAGCUUCACCCUAACCCUAAGUGACCUUUGAACUAAGUGCAAUUACAGUUCCACGGUGGACGAUUGAGAGAGAGGAUUUUUAAAGAGUGACCCAGCAAAGCCUCUCUCUGCGCACUACCUACUGAUUCCCUGUGGGAAGACUUGACAAAUUCCUCAUUUAAAGUGCCUUUGCAAACCAAAUGGGGUCCACACCUGAAAUGACAAUAUUUAUGCCUGUCUGUCGGAAUUCCCUUGUUUUGUUGAUCUUUACCUCUCACUGUGAGGGCUGAAAAACAAUAAGAAAGCUUGAACGUAUGGUCCAAUGUUGUCCAGUGGUGUCAGUUCUAAAAGAUUGGUUUCAAAGAGGAACAAUGGCAUCAUGGGAGUUUUGUUUUUUAAUUACUUUCAGUAGGAUCGGCAUAGAUGCUAACAAAUACUGUUGCACCUGCACAAUGUUUUUGUAAAGAAUAUUUUGGUGUUGGUUUUUUACAGGUAGACCACACAACAAGUAAUCUAAGGGGGUUUUCUGGGGGUUUGAAAUGAAAACUAAAAUGUUUACUAAACAAAUAUGAUUCAUUUAGGGGUCUAAAGGAUUACUCUUUCCUAUGUGUUGUUAAUCUGGGGUUUGUUACUCAAAGAGAACACUUUGAGAUAGCUGAAUAAGUCAAAAAGCUUGGUAUCAUAUGAGACUUACUAUACAAGCCCCAUCUUGUUGUGUGAGUGAAUUAAGUGGACUCUGUCACACUAGUAGGCUACAUGUGUUCUACUCACCAGCUUCUGACUCUCUGUUUGAAGACUGUGUUCAAGGUAGGAUCAGAUUGGGCUGUUCGAACAAGACUUGAAACACAGUUAAGCGUGCGCUAAGUACAAUUUCACCAUUGCCUGAGGGUGGUGGGACAUCUGACAUGGUUGUUUGGGAGUGCAAAAACAUUAUUUACACAGGCUGAUUUACUGUGUCUACAAUGUGCCUAAAAAAACUGAACAGUUGUAUUUUCUGAGAGGAGUUUUUUUUUUUUUACGUGUUUUAAUCUUAUAUAUUUUUUUUUGAAUCUACUGUGCCUAACAUAAAAGCAUAAACAUGUUCAUUUCACUUUCCUAGUAGCAAUAUUCUCAUAUGGGUGUUUGUCUGCAGCAAUGUUCUCUACUGUCUUCCAUAGCCUCACCAUUUCAGCUAGCACAAGCACAUGUCACGGCAUUGCUUACUGUAGCAUUCAUACUGCAUCAUUCAUCAAUUGUUGAUCUCUCAUCGGCUUGAUUCACUUAAAGGCCCAGUGCAGUCAAAAUGUUUUUUUUCUUCCUGUUUUGUAUCUUAUUGUACAACUGCUGAUUAAACUAACACUGUAAAAGUGUGACAAUUUGA